AUGGCUGGCACUGUGCUCGGAGUGGGUGCAGGUGUGUUCAUCUUGGCCCUGCUAUGGGUGUUAGUGCUGCUGCUAUGUGUGCUGUUAUCCCGAGCCUCUGGUAUAGCUAGGUUCUCUGUCAUUUUUGUAUUCCUUGGUGCCCUGAUCAUCACAUCAGUUCUUUUGCUUUUACCCCGAGCCAGUGAAUCCCCAACCCCGGAAGUGGAAACUCAGAUUGUGGAUGCCUUUUUCAUUGGCCGCUAUGCCCUGCUGGCUUGCCUCACUGCUGUUUUUUUUGGUGGCCUCUUCUUGGUUCUAAUUCAUCAUAUCCUGGAACCUGUCUAUGCCAAACCACUUCGAUCAUCAUGA